AUGUCGCCGCCAGGCCCGGGGCGCCCGGGCGGGGCUGGGCCCGAGGCCGAGGCCGGCUCCGAGUCCGGGUCCGUGCUGCGCUCGGUCAACACGCGGGAGCUCUCCGAGGUCGUGUUCAACAACCACAGCCCCCGCUGCGUGCUGCCCGUCUGGCUGGACUUCGAGGGCCGGCCGCGCUGCUACCCGGUGCUGCAGCCGCGCAGCGGGCGCGUCAUGCGCAGCUACCGGGGGCACCUCUGGCUGUUCCGGGAUGCAGGGACCUAUGACGGGCUGCUCGUCAACCAGCAGGAGCUGUUCGUGGCAGCCCCCAAUGUGACCAAAGCUGACAUCACACUGCCAGUGUUCACCCUGAAGGAGAGGUGUCUGCAGGUUGUGCGCAGCCUGGUCAGCCCCAUGGACUACAGGAAACUGGACAUUGUUCAGUCACUAUACGAAGAGCUGGAGGAUCAUCCUGACAUUUGGAAGGAUCUUCGGCGGCUCUCUCUGGAGAGGAGUGAAGCACUGAGGAACUAAAUUGUGGAAUAACAGCAUUAUUCACUUCAGACUCCUCAUUACAAACCACUGAGCGAGCAGUGAGAGUCGCCAGGACACACACCAGCUGAUGCCUCCGUUUAACGUUUUGAAACAUAAACUCAGUAACUUUGGUGACAGUUAAAUCCCAAAGACUGAACAGCACUGGGAGGCAUGCUGGGUUCUGAUGGUUCAGUUAAUCUCUUCAUUGCAGCUAUCGCAAACUGUAGGGUAAGAUCAGGGCAGCUAAAUGGAAAAUAUUCAUACAAAGUAAUUUUCAUUGUAGUAGAAAGCAAAUUACACCAAGGAUUAAUUUAGCCCUGACUAAUGGUUGUAAGAGUCAUGAGUGUUGUUUGAGUAAUUUGUUUUGAUGGAAUUUCCCUUUCACAUGGUGCCUCAAUGUGCCUGUGGGUCACAGAGCAUGAGGGGUUUGUACAUGAGGUUUGUUUUCUAGCAGUGCCUGAGGGUCUGACAAACGUUACACUGGUGGAAAGAUGAUGUGUAAAUGCUUGCAGGUUAUUCUGCCUCUUACCUUUCCAUGUACAAAACCAUGUCCUAUCAGCUCUAGGUCUGACAUGUUUUUACUGUCAUCAUAUCUCAAAUGCCUUAUUUGCCUUUGUCAUAGGAUUCUUGCCUGGCUGAUCUCAGCCCCACAGAGCAGACCCUCAUUUUGGAACACCCUUGUCCCCCACAGCUGCUUCCCCAGCAGCCUGUGCAGGGUUCACAGGAGGUGGAGGCUUUAAGUUCUGUCUUUUCCCCUGGCAGUGCUGUAGUCCAGGUUGUAGUAGGAGGCCUUUUCAGGGAGCGUGGCCUCUCGAGCUGCCUGUGUCUUCUCAGGACCCAUGGGAGCUGUACUGGCUCACACAGCCAGCUCACAAACAGGGCCGUGCUUGCGGCAGGCUGGAGAAGGAGAGAUGAUAUUUCUUUGCCUGUAUUCUGUAUUCCCCACAUCUCAGCGGAAUGUGCUCUGGUGUGAACACAGAGAGUUCAAAGCAGCGUAGUUUAGUGUUACAUGAAUUGUCCAUCAAGCAAGAUGUGGUGCAGCUCAGGUUAGAAGCAGAUUGGAUAGAUUAACUAAAGCAGGUUAUUUCUGUGAAUAUGUUUCUCUCCAGUUAUACAUUUUGAGAAUAGCUGUGAAACCGAGAAUCUCAAUGUAUUUUGUAAGUAUGCAAUGUCUCCCUAUUUGUAAACUUGUUUGUGUUAUAUAUUUGAAGAAAUUGAUCUUUGACAUAAAAAUGGAAAUGCCUGCUAGCUUUCUGACUGUAAUUCUGUCAGGUUAAGUCCCCAGUGCCUCCGUGUAUUCUCUUCAUACAGACACUGAUGAUAGUCUGACAGUCGCUGUGGUUGGGCAGUAAACAGACACUUUGGACUGUAGAGCCUGCCCAGCCCAUUGCUGCAGGGCUGUGUUGUGGCUCUCGUGAACUCUGAGCACAGCUUCAGGCAGCGUCUGGGCAGGAACGGGGCUGCUGCCCAGUUCUGCUCUUAGCACCUCUCACAUUUCUCUGAGGGGAAAGUGAGCCCAUGCAGGGCUCUGGAGCAGACUGGGGUCAGUGCCCCGGGGAGCCUGAGCGUGGGAGAGCCUGAGCUGUUCCCUGCUCCUGGCCCUUCCUGAGGGGAGGUUCCCCCUGCUGUCUGUGGGGCUGUGCGCUGCAGUGAGCAUGGCAGCAUCGCUGACCUGCUUGGCUGCAGCUUUUCCUGCAAUGUGAAUUGGUAUUAGGUGUUGGUUUUAACAAUCUGUACAUGGCACACACCUUCUGGGUAUUUCUGAGUUGGGCAGGGUCUGUGAUUUCUUGUGUUUCUUAUUAGAGUGCAUUUCUCGGUUCUGGAGUGCUCCCUUGGAUCAGAAUAAAAGAUUGGAGAAACCCCA